AUGGCAGGUUCAAAGUAUCGAACAACUCUGGUCAGAGAUGGUGGUCAGUGGCUUGUGAUGGAACUUUGUGAACCGAUGGAAACUCUGAUUGAUUUAUCAUCUGAAUUUCAUGGCUUCAAUGGCAAUGUCAGAUAUGUGCUUGCAAUCAUCACAGAUGCUGCGCAGGCCAUGGGAUUUCUUUUGCCUGGUGAAGGUGAGGAACCUUUGAUGCCUCAGGCUCAUGCAGUUGACAUCGAUGUUGCAGCGCCGCUGGCCCCAGAGGAUGAAGAUGCAAUUGUUGGAGUUGAAAUUGAUGGUCAGCAUGAAGAUGCAGGUGGAAUGGAAAUUCAUGGGCAGCUUGUUCUUGCCCCUGAGAGGGAUGAUCGCCUUUCUGUGAAUGGUGUUGCGCUUUAUCGAAACACAGCACUUGCAACGAUGCGUGAAGAGAAGUUUGAAUUGCAGAUGGCGCUAGCUGCAGCAAGAGAGGCAGAGGCAUCUCAACAACGCCUUCCAAAACCUCAGCACCUGGCGGAGCCUCCAUCAGAGGAGGAGCAGCUCCACAAUCUCACCCACGUGCCAUUCAAGGACUGGUGUGCAGCUUGCGUUGCCCACAGAAGUCGUCAAGACAGGCAAGCCAGAGAUGGUUCUGUGAAACGCGGUGAGAUUCCCACAGUGAGCUUUGAUUUUGCAUACACACGUGCAGAAGCUGCUGAUGGUACAGUGCAAAAUACAGACCAGGUGAUUGCGUUGAUAAUGGUGGAUUCCCACACCAACUACACAGGUUCCCUGAUGUUUCAGUUGCAAGAGAAGAUCUCCUUGGAACUCAAUACAAGCAACAGCAUCUGGUCUUGGGCGAUGCGUCAUGCCAGUUGGCUGUUAAAUUGUUUCUCUGUGACGCACGGCGUUACGCCAUAUGAGCUGGUUUACUCCAAGCCCUAUCAAGGAAACCUUGUUUCUCUUGGGGAACCAAUCUUUGCCUAUGUCAAUGUGGCUCACAAGGGCAAUGCAAAAUGGCAGCGCGUGAUCAUGCUUGGAAAAGCAGAAUGCCAAGACUCGUUCGUGGUGUUGGUGAGGGUGAGGAGAAUCCAAUGUGAUUGGAAAUCCCAUUUGGGAUUCUACAUCCACUUCAACGCCCCAACAUGGCAGUUCAAACCUGGAUUUGGAGGACGUAUCAUUCCAACCAAGAGGACAGUUGAGCCCAUUUCUCAGGCAGCUCAGCCACCUGUUGGACCAGUUUUUCCUUCAAUGCUUUAUGAUGCAGAUGGGGAAGCAGUCAGACGAAAGGCUGAUGAGGAGAAGAAAGAAGAAUCUGAAGUCAGUGCAAUGGGCAAGGAGGAUCCAAUGCUUCAGCGUAGGCGUGAACAAGCCUUGCAUCAGUCAGCAGAAGCCCCUGGUCCAAGUGCAGCACCAACAGUUGCUGUUCCUGCUUUCUCGGCUGGGUUGCCUCACGUCCCAAUGGAACGUGAGUUGGCAGAAGAGGAUGCAAAGCAUGUGCCCAUGACUCCUCCAGUGAUUGCAGUUCCAAUUCCUGCAAGUCCUCGUGUUUCACCUACAAGCCGUGCUCAUGAUGAAGGUGGACACGAAAACCACAGCCAUGAAUCGAAGAAGGCCAAAGUUGAAGUUCAAAAGAAGUUGGGGAUUGGAAUGUUGCGUGGCUCUCUUGAGAAGAUGAUUCGUGUUGUGAAAAUUGGUGAAAGGGAGUUUCAUACGAUGGAUAACUAUGAGCAUGACCCCAGCAUUGAGUUUGCAGAUGAUGCCCUUCAGAAUGAUGACAUAUGGCAUGAUGAGGACGCGCUUCAGUUUUCAGAUGUGCCAGAACAGCUGUGGUCAGAUGCUCCCAUCGAUGUUCCUCCAGGUCCUCCCGGUCCUUGGAUUGACAAACUUGCAGACCAAGUUGAAAUCUCACGUUUGCUUGGCAUGGGACUGUUGCAAAAGCGUUGUGAUUUUGAUGGCAUGGUUGAAGGUUCUCUGACAACACGUUUUGUGUAUGACUGGCGUCUGAAGUCCUAUGAAGUGAAAGGUGAACAGCAAGGUGAUGGAAGUGCCAAGGUCUCCAGCGUCAAACGUUGGAUGGGACGCAGAAGGUUUGUGGCAAGAGAGUUUGCAGUAACAAAGCGUGAUGAUGUGUACUCACCAGCCACUGGAUGUCACACCUCCAAUCUCAUACCAGUCAUUGUCUUGCAGAUGUUGAAACAACUUAAAAUGAGCGGUUUGAAUGAUGAGCAGUAUGGUGUGAUUCUUGCUGCGCUUGACAUCAAGGAUGCUUUUCUCAAGAGCAUGUUGUUGCGGUUAUUUUGGAUGGGAAAUGUGUUCAUGCUGCAUGUGGCCGAUCUUCUAUUCACAGGUCGACGUCAGUUCUGGUCUCAGGUGUUUCUGCCUUUGAUAAAGCAGAAAUUCCAUAUGAAUUUCAGUGAACUUGGAGAGCCAAGAACAGAGAUCAGCUUUCUGAAACGUCGUUUGAUCAGGGUCAUCGAUGGACUCGUGAUUGUGCCAGGAACCAUAGUCUCCAAGGUUGUGGCAAAUUUUGAACAGUUUUUUGGGCAUGCACGUUUGCAGAAGAUUCCAUGUGAUGCAGCAGCUCAACAGGAUGACAGUUCACAGUUGUUGGGUGCAAAGGACGCAAAAAACUACAGAAACAUCAUUGGCAUUUUACUGUACUUGUCGCGUGACAGGGUCGACAUCAUGUUCAGCGUCAAGGAAUUGUCCUCUUUCAUGGCAGCUCCAACUUUGUGUUCAGUUCAGCGUUUGCGCAAGCUGAUUGGAUACCGCAAGAGCUCAGGAAACAUAGGUAUCAAACUUGACUGGCCUGAACAUGGAGCAGGAAAGUGGAAGAAGGGCACAGAAGCCUUUUGGUUGCUUGACGGAUUCACAGAUGCAGCUUGGUGUGGAAACAAAUCAAGUCGAAGAAGUAGGAAUUGCUCAGUUUUGUUUGUCAAUGGGUGCUUCGUUUUUGCAAGCAGUGGGUCCCAGCGCGUCGUUUCUUUCAGCUCAGCUGAAUCUGACCUCCACAGUAUGAUCUCUGGAUAUCUCUGGAGCAUGCGAUGCCAUAUUUGUGAGGAACUGUUUGGAAUUUCUCCUGCAGGUUCAAAUCGAGCACCACCAAUUUACACAGACAACUCUGCAGCACGCCAACUGAUUUCCAGACAGGGAGUAGGGCGCAUACGCCAUCCCUCAGCAAAGCUGUUAUGGCUCCAGGAUUUGGUGCGUUUGGGAGAGGUCCAGGUUUCCCAAGUUCCAAUUUUCUGGAUUUACAGUGAUGUGGGAACAAAGAACCUCAGCAAGUCUCGGCUCUACUUUCUCCUUUGUGGAAUUGGUGCAGUUGAUCCACUGACGGCAGAACCCAUUGGUCAAGAGGAGUAUUAUGCUGCUGCAGAACAAAAUGAAAAUCGAAAGCCUUUGAGCAAACUUGGCAAAACCAUCAAGAGGAUCAGUCUGAUUCUUGGAGUGCAAAGCCUUGUGUCUUUGGUGGCGGAAACAAAAGUUGUGAACAUGUGUUCCAAGGACAUCAAGGCGGUUGAACACAACAGUUCUGGUCGUUGGAUCAAUGAACUGCACAAUCGAUUGAUGAUGUAUGAUGGACGUUUGGUGGAACAAAGCAACGAACGCUCAAUGCUGCAUGAUUAUGCGUGUGGUUUGCAUUAUGGUUUGGUUGAGAGUGGUGGUUUUCUGCGUUUUGGCUUUGGGCUUACAACUGACCAGUGGACAGGUUUGGCAACAGAUGAACGUGCAAAUCUGGUAGCUCAUGGAGCUAUGGGCUCAGAACAAUACCUGCGCUUGGUCAGGCAAUGUGCCAGAGCUGAACAUGCAGAUACAACUGAUAUGCCAUCUGUCCAUGAUGCAGAUGCCAAUGUGGAAAACAACAAUGAUGACGAAACAAAAUCAGAAACUUCAGACGACGACGAGAUGGUUGAUGAUGGAGAGCAACAACCUCCAUUUAUGUUGGAAUUGGUUGAAGAUGUUAAGGAACAACAUGUUCUUGCAAUUCAGCGUGAGGAUGUGAGAGAUGCGGCACAAAUGCAAUCUCUUAUUCUGGCCAUGCUGACUGCAGUGCGUGGUGGAACCAGUGACAGUCUGUUGAAUGAGUACAAAGAAAAGGCGGCAGACUUAUUUCUACGACUGGCAGAGCGUGCAAGAGCAAACAGGUUGCAGACAUCUUUGCACUAUGGCAGGGUCACCCACACAGACGCUCCAAGGAAGAGGCGUUGUGCAAAACCAGUUCAAAUGCUUCAGCCAGGCUCUGAUGGUCUCAACGAGGCGGCCAACGGCAUGAUUCAAACGUAG